AUGUCAAACGCUGCUGCUGGCACCAAGCGGCAACGCGUGAGUUCCUUCUGCCAUUACCCCCCCUGCGCACUUUUGCACAGCGCAAACCUGACACUUUGUGCGCGCCCCCACAGGGACUGGCCAUCCAUCGAUCCAUCCUCAUCGGCAGCACCUCCACUCCCCUCACCGCGUUGGAGAAGAUGAGCGCACCGCCUGAUCACACGCAUCGAUGGACCGUCGCCGUUCGCUCAGCCGCCAGUUGGCCCUUACCAAGCGUCGUCCCUUUUGCUGGUGGUGGUGGUGGAGACGCUGGUACAUCCGCGACCGCAUCCGCAUCCACUACCCAUCACGGCAGAUCAAGGAGCGUCAGAGCAAGCGUGGAUCUCUCCACCGCUGCUUCAGGCGAUGGCAACGCUGCAUCGGCACCGCACGCUCAGGCUCAGGCUCAGGGUCAAGUGGGAACGCCUACAGGCACAGCCACGCCACUCGCAACACCCUCCCAAACGCCUGGCCCUAGCACUUUGGCCAACACCGUGUCCACUCGAGCCAGAGAAGCUGCUGAAUCGCAAAAUCAUGAUUACCAUCGCAUGGUGGGUGGCAAGGAUGACAUUUCCCACUUUGUCAAAAAAGUCACUUUCAAACUGCACGAGACGUAUGCCGGCGCUUCAAGAAGUGAGUGGGUUGCGCGGGGCGGCCCGAGGUGUGAGAUGAGCGUAUGGCCAGCCGAGCUGAUCGACUUGUCCCUCGCAUUCAUCCCUCCCAGCGGUGGACAAGCCGCCUUUUCAAGUGACAGAGACGGGUUGGGGUGAAUUCGACAUUCAGAUCCGAAUCGUCUUUGUUCCCGAAGCCAAUGAGAAGCCAUUGACCACAUAUCAUCGGCUCAAGCUGCAUCCAUGGCAUCCCAUCGAGAAGCCGGUCACAGUGACAGAGGCGGAUCAUACAGUCGAUGGCGAUUCGGACCGCGGAGAGGGGGAUGCGGGGCAUGCUGGGAAUGCAGCGGAUGCAGGGGAUGCUGGGAAUGCUGGGAAUGCUGGGAAUGCUGGGGAUGCUGCAGAGGAUGAAAAGGAGGCGCAAGAGGCCACGCAGCAGCCGGGAGACACUUCUACCUCUUCUGCCACGGCCGCAACACAUGCGCACACCGAAAACCCUGCAGCACCGCCCCUGCUGCCCCCCGUCGUGCACAGCUGGCAAUACGAUGAGAUCGUCUUUCCAGAACCCACCGAAAUCUUCUACGAUAUCCUCAUCAAGAGGCCACAGAGCAGGUGAGCGGAAAACGAGCGUACACUUCCAAAUCGCGCAUCAUCUCCCGCGUCAGCGUGGCCUCAAGGCUGACUUGGCGCUACCCUUGGCAGCUUAUUUCCCACCUCUGCGCAAGCAUUCUCAGAUCCGACCGCUUAUCGUUCCUAUCAAUCUCUGCUUUCCAACAUACCUCCGGAUCUCUCUGCCGGCGUCGGCACAGGUCUCGCCUCUGACGUCAGUCGACACUUUGUCCCGCUUGACGGAGCUCCUACGAGCGUUGCGGAUGGCGCAUUAGUCCUUGGCGAAGCAGCUAGCGGCGACCCGACCAGCGAUCAAGCCAAUGCCUCCUCCUCCGAGUCCCACACUAGAAAAGUACUCCCUCUGCCGCCUCAUCCGCUGCAUGCGCCCUCCGGAGCGCUGUUCGAUGCGCUCAGCACCGAAGCUAUCAACAACGAGGCGCAGAGGUUGGACUUGGCGCGUAUCUGCGCGGUCAGGGAGCUGGAGGAGUACAGAAAGAGGUUGAUAGACGGGGAGAGAAAGUUGAGAGAUGUGAGGAGGAGGCUAGCCAGUUGA